AUGUUGUAUCCUUUCAUUAUGCUUCUUAUUCUCUUGUCUACAGUUGAUUUGUCAAAGCAGAAUGUGACUGAUAAUAUACUUAUGAGUUUGUCUAAGGGUAUUACAUACUUUGAGAAGCAGGGCACACACAUCAACCUGGACAGUGUUGUUGGAUACAUAAUACUUCAAGGUAAGACACUAAUGAGUGGAUAUAUUUUUUAUAAUACUAAUCUAGUUUGUCUGAGUGACCUAUAUGAAAGCCUGUCCACUGCUGUCAGCUCUCUUCAGGAUACAGAUUCCAAAUACUUCAAAGAGUUUGAGCCCCUAUUGGACAGCUCCUUUUGGUCCCUGCCUGCAGAAUGGAGCUCCAUAGACCCCUCGCUGUCUUAUACCUCAUCGAGGACUAUGGAGUGCUAUGAUGAGCAUUUGAGUGACAAGUGCAUGACUCUCCUUCUCGGAACAUGGAAAGACAAUGGAACCCCCUGUAUCAUCACAAAGUCCUGUAGAGACAUAAUGACACAGUUUGGAUGUCUACACUAUUUCCUGUCCCACCAUCUACUCUACUUCAUGAUAGGAUCAAUGAAAGGGUGCUCCAGAAUGUUCAAGGGGGACAUGAGAUUGUCUUGCAUCAACAUAACUGUGGAACACUACCAGAGAAUCUACAACAUCAUGAAGAGCAACCAGGAUAUAUUCAGGAAUGGUCUUCCUGGUCAAAUGCAAGACAUCUUUAUAGAAAAUAUUCUUUUAUGUGGUUUAGUGGGAUUCUCAGACUUCUAUAAAUUGGACUGGAUACAGUCUGUUCUAUUAUGGCAAUACCAAGAAGUAGGUUGUUUUGGCAAAGAAGAAGACUUAAAACAUUUAUUUAUUUAUCUUUUGGAUGUACCCCACAAAAGGGUGAAAAAAAGGGAAAAAACACUUAAAGAUGGCUGCUCAAGUCAUAUAACAGGAGUUGCAGUGAGUGCAUUAGGAGGGUUUCUCAACUACUACCUUUCAGAGCAAGACAAAACGAAGAUGCCCUUAAUCUAA